AAAGUCUUUAGAAUUAUGUCAAGAUUUUUAAAAAGAAUACGCAGUAUGCUAAAUCCCCAACGUAAAAGGGAUGAACAGGAAACUACGGAUACAGCCGAGACAAAAUCCUUAAGCUUAUCCCAUCAAAGACAGAAAAGUUUCAUUUUGCCGCGUAGAUAUAGUACCGCCUCUCCUCGAUCUACCAAGAGACUUUGGCAACGUAUUUUUAAAACUGAACAAGAAGACGAUUUCCUUAUGGAUGGACUAUUUUACACAGAUACGGGCGAAUACAUCAAGCAUCCCGUUCUGUAUGAACUAAGUCAUAAAUAUGGUUUCACCGAGAAUUUACCCGAGAGUAGCAUGUCAUCUCGGCUCGAGGAGAUCAAGGAGGCAAUUCGUCGCGAGAUUCGCAAAGAGCUAAAAAUCAAGGAAGGUGCCGAAAAGUUACGUGAAGUGGCCAAAGAUCGACGUUCGCUCAGUGAUGUGGCGGUGCUUGUCAAGAAAUCCAAAUCCAAACUGGCCGAACUUAAAUCGGAACUACAGGAGUUGGAAAGUCAAAUAUUACUAACAUCGGCAAAUACAGCGGUCAAUAGCAAUGGUCAAGAAGCCAUUACCUUUGGCUCUGGCCCUGAUACAUACGGCGCUGGUUUCCAGCAUGGUGGUGCCUUGGGUGGCGGUGGCUCUCUAUCGGGGAAUUCAUCAUUGGAUGCCGCUACCUCGGCCGCUCCCCAUACUGCCAACGACAAAGUUCUGGCCUCACUCGAAAAACAAUUGCAAAUUGAAAUGAAGGUGAAAACUGGCGCCGAGAAUAUGAUACAUUCUCUGGGCAUUGGUUGCGACAAGAAACUUCUGGCCGAGGCCCAUCAAAUGUUGGCCGAUUCAAAGACGAAAAUUGAAUUUCUCCGCUUGCGCAUCAUUAAAGUCAAACAGAAUCGAGAGCAGGCGGAUCGUCUGAAGGCCUCCAGGCAAUUGCAUAUGGAUGAUCAGCAACCCCAAAGCCUAGAAACGAGCCUGGAGGAACGCAUCGAGGAGCUGCGUCACAGAUUACGUAUCGAGGCUGCCGUUGUGGAUGGAGCAAAAAAUGUCAUAAGAACAUUGCAGACGGCGAAUCGUGCCCCAGACAAAAAGGCUCUACAAGAGGCCCAUGGACGGUUAUCGGAAUCAUCCCGUAAACUUGAUCUCUUGCGCUAUUCAUUGGAUUUGCGACGUCAGGAGCUGCCAACGGAUUCGCCGGCUGCCCAGUUGCUCAAGACGGAAUUGCAAAUUGUUCAGCAGUCCACAUCACCCGCUCCAGUGACUUACACAUCGUUGCAAUCGGGACCGGGAGGAUUGUUGGGUAAUAAGGCCUAUCAAUCGGUGUCGUCGUUGGGACGAUGUGCCAGUGUCACCGGGAAAUUGGAAGUACGUCUGAUGGGCUGUCAGGAUCUGCUGGAAGAUGUACCAGGACGUUCACGCCGCGAUAAGGACACUAGCUCCAGUCCCGGGGAUCUGCGUAGCUUUGUCAAGGGCGUUACAUCACGCAGCAGUUCGAAGAGCUAUUCGGUGAAGGAUGAAACAUCGAUUGAGAUAAUGGCGGUGAUUAAGCUAGACAAUAUCAGUGUGGGACAGACAUCAUGGAAGCCAUGCUCACAGCAGGCCUGGGAUCAGCGCUUCUCCAUUGAACUAGAUCGUUCCCGGGAACUGGAAAUUGGCGUCUAUUGGCGCGAUUGGCGUUCGUUGUGUGCGGUGAAAGUGUUGCGUCUCGAGGAGUUCAUUGACGAUGUGCGUCAUGGCAUGGCCCUGCAAUUGGAACCGCAGGGAUUGCUCUUUGCUGAGAUUAAAUUCCUUAACCCGAUGAUAUCACAGAAACCAAAGUUACGACGUCAACGAAUGAUCUUCAAUAGGCAGCAGGCCAAGAAUAUCUCCAGAGCCAAGCAAAUGAACAUAAAUGUGGCCACCUGGGGACGUCUCCUGAAGCGCAAUGCUCCCAAUCAUGUGCAUUUGGGUACCACAUCGAUGUCUGGCAGCGCCACCGGGGCCAGUAAUGCCUCCGCUGCUGCAGUUCAGGCCUCUUCGCGAGAUUCGGAAUCCCCUAUUUCGCGUACACCAUCGUCGGAUGCUCUGGCCAUUGAACCCGAACCUUAUACACCCGGUGAACAGGCUCAGAAUAUGGAAUACGAUCCCGAAGCCGGUCUAAAUGAACAUGUGGAGACUCCUGGAGAAUAUCCAGAUCCCUCGUCAAGUGGUCUAAGUGGUUUACGUCCACUCUCAAUGCAUAUGCAGGGCAUCAGUGUACUGCCGCCAGAGUCACCCGCAUCGGGAGCAGGUGGUGCCGCACGACCCAAUUCCCUUAGUCUGCAAAUGUCGAACAAGACAACGCCCACGACACCUUCGCCUGUCAUGCCACUGGGUGGACGUACGGCUGCUCCCACAACUGCUCCCCCACCGCCACCCACAAUGCUCAAGUCAUCGUCAACUACGCCAGUGUUGGAUCAGGAGUUGCAGGAUGCAUUGAACGAAUUUGAUUUUCUCACCGAACUGGACUCGCGUCCAAGUACCUUGAAGAGAUUGGAGCAAAUGCAAUUGCCACUGCUCGAUCAGGAGGUGCUCGAAAGUCUUUUGCUACGUGAACAGAUGAACGAGAAGCAGGCAUUGCAGCAAAGACAACUGGAGGAGCAACAAAGGCUCCAGCAGCUUCAAGAGGCCAAAAGGAAAGCCAUUCUGGAGUUAUGUGAAAAGCAAAAGAAGGAGCAGCAAAAACAAAAACAUCAUUCACGUCAGAGAAUCAUGCAAGAACCGCCGCCACCUCCGCCGCCUGAAUUACUACUACUAACCAGCAGCAGCAACAGUCAUGCUUCACCUGCUACUCCUAGCUCUUACUCUACCUGCGCCACUACUAGUACUACUACUACUACCUCUUCAUCUAGUUCAGCUCUUGUCUUGCCCAACCAACACCAACCAAGCCCAUUUCAGUUGCAGCCCAACGAGAAACCGCCGCCAACAUCAUCAGCAUCAUUAUCAUCAUCAACAUCAACAUCAUUACCGUCUGCUGUGGAUCAGCAAUUGCAUCGUCCUGUCCUGACCAUGCCUCCAGUCGUUUUACUGGGCGGUCGAGGGGGACAAGAUGAUGAUUUAGUCAUAUGCCAAAUGCCCCCCUCACCGCUGGUCGAGUAUCCAGAGGAUGAUGACGACUACGAGAAUCGGAAUAAUCGGAUGGCUGAUGAUGAUUCAUAUUUGUAUAGGUCAAAGGACAUUCAUCAAUCCAACAGCAGCGGCGGCGAUCGUUUCUGUGUGGAGGCCCAUAUCAGUCUAGUGCAUAUAACACUCGAACCCAUUGAGGCAGUCAAUAGCUGUACCAUUGAAGAGGAGGAGCUCGACCAAGUGGAAACGGCCAUUGAGGCCAUUAACAGCGUUUCAAUAGAGACUAUAGAGCAAGUGGUAACACUUCAAACAGAUGAAAAUGAUGAUGAUGAGCAGAAGCAGGUUAUACCACAGCUAAGCAAACUCUAUGUGGGCAAUAAUCAACAGCAGCAGCAGCAGAACUAUAUACAAUCCUCACCCAUAAUACAGGAGCCACCUACACCAACUAUCUAUGCGGCGGCAGGAUCAUCGUCUGCCUCAUCGAUACACUUCCCACCACCGCAGCCAGCUCAAAGGCAACAGGAUAAACAGCCAAUUUAUGCCAAUCAAUAUGAAUUGAAUGUGGCCAAGGCAGCGGCCACUAGCGGAGGAGCUGCUGCUGCUGCUGCAGUUGCCUCCACUAAUAAUAACAAUAACAACAACAAUCGCCGCCAGCAAGUGGCACGUGGCUUGCAAUACCGUGACGAUAUCAAUACAGGAAGGAAUAAAUCACAACAACAACAACUGUUGCCCAAUUCUGGUUUACUUAGCCUUGACAAUUUCCGUUUGUUAAGCGUUUUGGGUCGUGGACACUUUGGCAAGGUCAUUUUAUCGCAAUUACGCUCGAAUAAUCAAUAUUAUGCCAUCAAGGCCUUGAAAAAGGGCGACAUCAUUGCCCGUGAUGAGGUCGAAUCGCUGUUGAGCGAGAAACGCAUCUUUGAGGUGGCCAAUGCCAUGAGGCAUCCUUUCUUAGUCAAUUUAUAUUCAUGCUUCCAAACAGAGCAACAUGUUUGCUUUGUGAUGGAAUACGCCGCCGGCGGUGAUCUGAUGAUGCAUAUUCAUACGGAUGUAUUCUUGGAACCGCGUGCCGUAUUCUAUGCCGCUUGUGUGGUUUUGGGUCUACAAUAUUUGCAUGAGAACAAGAUUAUCUAUCGAGACUUGAAACUGGACAAUUUGUUGCUGGACACUGAUGGUUAUGUGAAGAUUGCUGAUUUCGGUCUAUGCAAAGAGGGCAUGGGUUUCGGUGAUCGAACGGGAACAUUCUGUGGCACACCCGAAUUCUUGGCGCCUGAAGUCUUGACUGAAACAUCAUAUACACGAGCUGUCGAUUGGUGGGGAUUGGGUGUACUGAUAUUUGAAAUGUUGGUGGGAGAGUCACCAUUCCCAGGCGAUGAUGAGGAAGAAGUAUUCGAUUCGAUUGUCAACGAUGAAGUGCGCUAUCCGCGUUUCCUUUCACUCGAGGCCAUAGCUGUUAUGCGUAGGUUGCUCCGCAAGAAUCCUGAACGUCGUUUGGGCUCAUCGGAACGUGAUGCGGAGGAUGUCAAAAAGCAGGCCUUCUUCCGUUCCAUUGUGUGGGAUGAUCUAUUGUUACGCAAAGUCAAGCCACCAUUCGUGCCCACCAUUAACCAUCUCGAGGAUGUAUCGAAUUUCGAUGAGGAGUUCACUUCAGAGAAGGCCCAAUUGACACCACCAAAGGAGCCGCGUCAUCUAACCGAUGAUGAGCAAGGAUUAUUCCAAGAUUUCUCCUAUACGGCCGAUUGGUGUUAAAUCAAAGUGAGAAUGGAGUGGGCCUAGCCCAAACUGAGUGCGAGUUGGAAAGAAGAGAUAUGCUUUUAUUUAAUAACUUUUUAUGUUUAAUUAUUGGAAUGCAAAAUAUAAGUAUAUAUAUAUAUA